AUGUUGAUUUUUAUUCAUUCUGGUUCCAUUUUGCUCCAGGAUUUGACCACGAAGGACAUUUCUGACGUUAUACAGCUGGCAGAAAAGUACGGCAUUCCUGCCAUUAAGACAUUGUGCGAGCAGAACCUUAUUUCGAGAGUUUCUCCUACAAAUAUCAUCGAAUAUUUGGAGUUUGCUGAUUUCCACCAGGCGAAUUAUUUAUACGAGUACUGCUUUGAUUACGUGACUGAGAAUAGAUGCGAAGUGUUGGAUACUGAACCAUGGGCGGCGUUAACAGCUCGAAAUCCACGACUCAGCACAUCAAUGCUGGAGCGUAUUAUUCGUUCUGAUCUAAGUCUCCACCAGUAA